AUGGCGGACAGCCACUUCACCUUUGCUGCACCGGGAGUGUCGUCGCCUUGCAGCGUGUAUCGGCUGAAGCACAACCCGUCAUGGACAAAGUUUGGCAUGCAUCCAGGAAUGCUAACGGGCAUCAAUGCUCGGCCAAGUCGACCGACAUUGCGCUGCGCAUCGUCACGUGGUUCUUCCGCGGCGAACUCCGCAAAUACAUCUUUUCUAUCUACUGCACCGGCACGACAGCCUGCGUCAGGUAGCAGCUUGGCUGCAGUUGGAGCCCAAGCAGCUUUGCGACACGAACAUAAACAAGCGCAUGCAGCUUUGCGGCCAAUGAACCUGCGGGGACCUGACUUCAAUGCUAGUAGUACUCGCGGCGCUUCUCAAUCAUUGAUUUCCGACAGCGCAUUUUUGACUCCGCGUACCCGUGGCGGCAGUGACGUAAAGGCAUGGGCUCCAGAAAGCGCUUCACUGGGUCAGGCAGCAGCAACGCGUGGAGAAUCACCUACAGUGUCGACACCGGUGCCGACAACAUUUAAGGACAAGGGCGGCUCUUGCGAUCACGGCAGCGAGGCGCCUCGCACUCCGAACGACCCACGUAGCUCUGACUUUACAGAUUCGUCAUGCAGAGCGGAGACGGCUCGAGAUCCUUCGCUUCAGCCCUCAGUCCUGUCUCUGCGGGCAGCCUCGUCGUCUCGCGCGAAAGACUCACAUCUCAUGGGCUCUGCAGCCCUUGUUGAGGUAGCUGGUCCGCUGGACGCCUUGUACGUUCCACUACGUCGACCUGCCCCGCGAGGCUGUGUGGCGACGCGCCAGCAUUUUUGGAUUUUUGAACGUACGCAUUGCAAGGAAGUGCCUGGGAGGUCAGCGACGGAGGCUAGAGCAGCUACCGGUGCUCAUAGGGAGGCACACAUCGGUCACCGCGGCGUUGUCGGUGGUUUGCCUGAGACAGACACCUACAGGACUACCAACAGUGCCUAUGGCCGUGGGUGCUGA